AUACAAGCUUUUGUGCAUGCCGCGCCACGCAAGCGAGCACGUAGUAAAUAAAUGCAAUUGCUGCAUGCACAACAUAACACGCGACCAAUGUAGGCCAGAAAGGCCACGUUCCAAACUGCACAUAUUGAUGAAGUGGGAGCACACUCAAUUCUCGUAUUUGCUGAUAGAUUGAUAGUAAACAUUCAGCCCACGAACGUCUGACGGUCAAGAGAAAACACUGAUCUGGAAGUUGAUGCCAUAAAUUCAGUCUUUACGUCAGUAAACUUUGGUUCUGUCGACGGUUUUUGGAGAGUUGUAUCGCGGGAGUACGGACUCGGAGUUGUUGGUAGAAUUAGAGAAAGAGAAUUGUGCUGACUCAACUUCACAUGUUCACUAACUUGUUUCAGGCGGAAAUUCCACCAAACGAUCCCGAGAAGGGCAGCGACAGAUUUGUUGUAUCUUCGGUGAAUUGCCACAUUGUCCAUGUUGUCGGUAAUUUCACUGUCAUCAGGCUUGGAACCUUGAACUUUGAAGUUGAGUUUUCAAGGCAAGCCAGUUUCAUUUUCAAGGCGGAAACUCCAGAUGUUCGGAACGUGGGAUAUUUUACGACCACGCCGUUGCUGGGUUGUAAACGCAGCCGGCCGUGAAUGAACUAGAGGCGAACAGCUAUAUGGAAAUUGACCGGGCUACCAGGAGGAGCUGCCUUCACUGAUGUCUUGCCUAAACUGCAGAACAAUGCAGGUGAUAUUUCUCAAGAUCCUGAGUUCCUCCGCGGCCAUUGUGGCCACCUUCAUGACACUGAGUACAUUACUUAUGAUGAACCUCUUAAAAAGUAAUCCGCAUCAUGUCAGCGAGUACGGCAGCAGUUUCAGAAAUGGCCGUUACUCAUCAAGUUCUUCUAGCAGGCAGAUCAUGACAGUCCCCUAUGUUGAGGAAAACACGUUGAGUGCCUUCGAUUCCUUGACAGUGACGGUUUGGAAUCCUCGCGAUUACCGGGACAUCUUUGUGCCCUCCCCUGCUUGCAAGCCGAACUUGCCUCUUAUGAUUUUGGUCACAUCCGCCCCAGAGCACUACGAAAGACGGAAGGCGAUCAGGGAGACCUGGGCUCGGGAUUGGUUGGACCCCAACAGCACGGAAUGGAGGACGAUUUUCCUGAUUGGAAGGACUCCAAACAACCCAUCGCUCAAAGAGUCUCUUAAAAAAGAAAGUGCCGUGCACGGCGACAUCUUGAUGGGAAAUUAUCUCGACACCUACAGGAACCUGACGUUAAAAGUCCAGCACGGAAUGAGUUGGGCCCUUGAAACUUGCCGGCCACAGUUCUUGCUCAAAACGGACGACGACUGUUUCGUCAACUCCAAGAUUCUAACAAACUUCCUGAAGACCAACAACCAACAGCGGACAAAACUGUACGCUGGAUUCUCCAUCAGGAACCUGGAAGUUGUCCGGGAUCCAAAGAGUCGUUGGUAUGUUUCUCAGGAGACGUACCGGCCGUCGCGGUACCAACACUAUGCCAGUGGGACCGGUUACAUCCUGUCACUGGACGUUCUGGAAGCUAUGGUCAGUGCUGCCCAGUACGUCCAGCCAUUCGCAGCUGAAGAUGCCUACACUGGCUUACUGGCAAGCUACACUGACACGCCACUCUUAGACUCGGCACGCUUUGCUCUCAACAAUGUCAACUGGCGGCUCUGCAACUACCUGUUUCUCCUGGUCGUGCACGGCGUUACCCCUGACCAGCAAAUUCUUGGUUUGCGCAAUUCCAUUGAAUCCCAUGACAAGUGCCACGGAGAGUCUGAGGCAACAGAUUGGGAAUAAAAUCCAAUUUAACAUCAACAGAAUCAAUCUUCCGAGCGCAAGUAAACAGUACACCCUGGAAAAUUAAUUUAUUGUAAUUAUAUUGAGGCCGCUAUACUCCAUUGAAAUUCUCAUUAUUACAACAUUUUGCCGUUCUCACAAAAUAUUUUAGAAAAUGAUCAUUUGAUUAUUAAAAUUCAAAAAACUUCCUGUAGACAUGUCUUUAUCAAAGACUUUUGACGUGGUUUAUUUAUUGAAUUCAUCCUAUAUUAAUUGGAAAUUGCUGUACAGAAAAAUGCUUCAAUUUCUCAGAAUACGUAUGAUUUUUGUUGAAAUAUUUCUUGCGAUUUGUCCAGCAAGGUAAUCUGAAUAGGACCUUCAAAAAUAUGGUGCACAGAUUUCAAUUCAAUUUACCAAUGCAAAGUGAAUUCAUAGAAAGUACAAUAAUGUAAUGAUAAAGUAAUAGAAAAAGAAGAAAUUAACACAAUUUUCAAACAAAUAAUUAGAUGCAAAUUAAUUAAAUUAAGGUAAAUAAAUAGGAAAAAUGAAAAAAGAAAGAGUAAUAACGUGAAGGAGAGUACGAGGCUCUUAUCGCAUAAGCCAAGAAUGUAGAUGGAACAUAUUAUUAUACUCCUGAUCAUUGCAAAAUUAGUUUGGCCAAUUAAUGGGAAAAAUAUAAUAGUAAAAAUUCACUCAAUCUGUCUCAAACUACAUGUAUGGCCAAAAAAAUGUAGAGUGAAAUUCAAGGCUGGUUCAUACGUUACACAAAUAUGAAUGCGAAUUUUGUGACAUCAACGAUUGAAGUUUCGUCGCGACAUUUGCUGUUUCCCUAACAAAUUCGCUUUGUUGGAAUUCGUGUGAGGUAUCAACCAGCCUUCAUUCAAUCAAAAAAAGGGUGAAUUUUAUUGAGUUUCAACUGAAUUGAUUCCUUUUCUAAGUAUUUCAAUCAAGAAUUUGAAAUUUCAUUAUCCCCUUCAGGAGUACAGUUGUUUUCAUCUUAGAAUAAAAACUAGCAGUAAUAACAUAAUCUUAGUUAUCUUGGGUGUACUGUUAUUUAAGUGCAUGCUGAUGUGAAUAUUUUCUCUCCAGAGGUUUUUUUGUUUUACUUGCCUCCUAUCAAUGCAACUUAUGCCAAGUCAAUGCAAAAUUCAUAAGGUUCACAAGAGUCGUAUUUUUGGACAAACAAUUUCUGGUUUGCGUAUAUGCUGCGUAUUAGAUAUCAGAGGAUGUCUUUGUUUAUAUUAAAAUUUGUAACAAAAUUCUUAUAUUAUCAAAAAGGUUUGUUUUGGUUUUUUUUUAGUUGCAAUCUUAGUCUUACCCAACCUGUGACUUUAUCAUUUCCUACUUUAUCAUUUCCUAACCCUAGCGCCCUUGAACAAAGAUAUUCACAAAAGGGGGAACCACCAACAUAGGGCUGGAUGGCUCAGUUGGUAGAGCACCGUAACGGCAGUCCGGAGGUCUGAGUUUCAAACCCCACUCCAGUCAAUUUCUUUGUUCAACUUUUAAAAAUUUUAAUCAUUAGAUUGUGGUUUAUUUGAAAUUGCCUAAAUUUGGGUUUUUUUUCUGUAAAAAAAGUAAUCUUCCAUUUUAAAGUUCAACUUGGUUUUAUUCCAUGUUCAUUCACUUGUCCAAGUUACAUGAACAAGGGUUUGUUAGAAACAGAUUUGUUUUAAAUUACUGAUUUCUCACUCUCCUGUGCAGCUUGGCCAGUGCUUCCAUUCAAGGCACUUCAGUAUUUCAAAAAUCUGAAAUAACUUGUAAUGCUGCGCAAAGUCACAAGAUACGAUAAAGUUUCAGGCGUGAUCUUUAACCAAGAGUUUUUGUUGAAACUUAAAAAAUAAUUAAUUAAAUAAAUAAAUGAAUCUUUAAUUGCUUUUGGAAAAUGUACCAGGAAAUCUGUCACAUCAUCUGGAGACUAAGGAAAUUUUUUUUCUAAGUUCCUUAAAUUUUGAAAUUGAAGCGCAGUUUAUUUCAUAGAAAAACAUUCAUGAAAUGUUCCAAAAUUUAUUGAUCUGUCAACGCUGUUAAGUGUUAAAGAUGUUUUUAUUAUUGGAUUUCAUUACAUAUUCUUCAUCUAGGCUUUCUGACUUGUUUGAUGCAUGUGCCUGUUGACAUUAAUGUUAACAUUCGGAACAGACAGGGUGUAUGUACUAGGCUUGGGCGAAUCCAUGCCAAUAUCAAAUACAAUCGACUCCAACUUCGGAAUCAGAAUCGCGAUUCCACUUUUUUGAGGAAUCAAUUCUCUGAUGUAGCCGAUUCCACUCAUUCCAGUACCCCAAAAUGAACAAUGUGUUUUCAGAAAGUUGAAAAUUUCAAAUAUAGACGGGGGAAAAACGGAACUUUUCCUUGAAAUAGACAAAUUGAACAUUCGUGAGGAAGAAAAAAAUUAACAAGUUGAAAAGCCCGAUGACAACUACAUGUAUAAGUUUAUUCCAGUGUUCAAAGUAAUGUGUUUACAAGCACAAAAAAUGCAAUAAUAGUGCACAUAUUGUGUGCUUUAUGUAUGUACAAUUCUGUGCCCUAACUACUGUGGAUUCUCUUAAAAGCAGCCAAUAUUAGUUCUGAGCAGAAAAUAUUUUCUUUAUAGAAUUAAUUAAAGAAAAUAGCCAAGAAGCUAGUGAGUUUUACCGAAGUUACAUUGUUGCACAAUAUUGCACCCACAAAAAUGUGUAUUUGUUUAGAAAAGACAUAUCAUUGAAUGUAUUAAAUGUACAUGUCAACUUCCAGUUUGAAAAACUAAUAUGUACAUUUGUACAUGUAUGUAUAUGAAGACAAUAGAUCUCAUUUUUUUUUUUUUUUUUAAAUUCUCCGUUAAUUAACUUAUCGUGUACAGUAGCAUUUACUGCGCUAUCUUUGCAUUUUCCCACAUGCGAGGAAGUUCAAAUGUAAAAGGACUUAAAAUGUAAUACAUGUAACAAUGUGAUCCUGAUAUUAUUUAUGUGCAUUAUUAUAAACGAACAUCGCAUAAGAAGUCCCUCUUUUAAUAUGUCAUUAUUGGGAAACAAGGUAUGCUUUUCAUGUAAAGUGUAAAUGUACCAAACUAUAAAUAAAUUGCGGUGGCAUAUUGUUUGAUUUUGAAAGAAAGAAA